UAGUGUGUGCGCACAGGAGCUGAGCUUCUUGGCUGACCUGCUCCUCUUACGCCCCUGCUGGUUCUCCUCUCGGUGGGCUCCGGGAUGCUUCAUGGUGUUUGUGCCAUCUAGGGUUUUCCGCUGUUCUAUUGCAGCCUUUCCGACACAGAGACUCUACAUCUACUCCAUCUACGCGCUCUCUGGACGAGCAAGUCGCCUCUGAAAUAUUAACGAUAAACUCUCAACUUUGUUGCUUUGGAUUUUUCCGUUUCCUUUUGAAAGAAUUCCUGCUUUCUGUUCGGAUAACUACUUUGGAUAUUGCAACCAUUCCAAGGACGAGGAUUCGAUUAGCGGGGAGCAGACAGGGGGGGAAGACCUGUUUGUGCGAAUGUAGCGACUUUUCCGGCGAGGAAAUACACUGACAACUGCAGCGAGCUGGUUAUUUUUACUACAAAAAGAAUGCUGUGAAGCUCCAUGUCGCAGCUUGGCUUCCGGCUAAAAAAGCGCAGAUUUAACGCAGCAUCUGCUGGUGCGGGGAGAGAAAAAAACUCGUCUGGAGCGAGAGAAGGAGCGAUAUGCGGUCGGCGGGCGCCUGGUUUUGCGGUUCUUCUGGAAUUAGUGGAGGAAUGGAAAGGGAGCGGCUGUAAGGCUGAAACCUUGAGAAGGGGGGGAAAAAAAAGGAGUUCUGUGUUUGGCACGUAAUGGAUCAUUAUCCACCGGUGCAGGUAAAAGAUUGAACGGAUGAGGCGGAGGACGUCUUCCCCGGCACAAACGCACACAAAUAUUGUAGCAUUCAUCUGCGGGGGGAGGAGGACCUGCGACUCACUGUUGCCCAAAGGAGAAAUUCAAGGCGGCUUGAAAAACCAAAACAAGACAAAUACAGCCAAGAAGAUGCAAAGCGGACUUGGACCCUAUAUUUCUCAAAUGAAUCAAUAUGUGUUUGGAUACCUGACCUGAUCAAACAGCAGAAGCCUGUGUUUGGCCGAGUGUUCCUCCUGCUCUCUGAGAGUGAAUGUGAGGCCUGGAGGAUUUUCUGAGGGACCAUAUGGCACAAUACACCACAAUAUAGGUUCCUUUAAAUGAGGUAACAUGGACAAAGUGGUCAUCUGCCUCCUGAUUCUGGGAACCGCUAUGACAACGGUCCAUGCAUGUCCCAAAUACUGCGUCUGUCAGAACCUCUCGGAGUCUCUGGGUACCUUGUGCCCCUCAAAAGGUCUGCUUUUUGUUCCACCGGACAUAGACCGGAGAACUGUAGAGCUCCGGUUGGGAGGCAAUUUCAUUCUCAAGGUCACCACUCUGGACUUUGCCAACAUGACAGGUCUGGUGGAUCUCACUUUGUCUCGCAACACCAUCAGCAGCAUCCAGCCUUUUUCCUUUAUCGAUCUAGAGACAUUGAGGUCACUGCACCUUGACACCAACCGGUUGACUGAACUGGGAGCGGAUGACCUACGAGGGCUGAUCAAUCUGCAGCACCUGAUCCUCAACAACAAUCAACUAAAUCAAAUCUCAGAUUCAGCUUUCGAUGAUUUACUGCUGACUUUGGAGGAUUUGGAUUUGUCUUACAACAACCUGCGCAGUGUGCCUUGGGAGGCCAUCCGUAAGAUGGUCAACCUGCAUCAGAUGAGUCUGGACCAUAACCUCAUCAUCUUUAUUGCUGAGGGGACUUUUACAGACCUUGAAAAACUGGCUCGUCUGGAUCUGACAUCCAAUCGCCUCCAGAAGCUUCCUCCAGACCCGAUCUUUGCACGGUCCCAGAGCAGCAUGGUGAUGAGUACACCUUAUGCACCUCCACUCUCUCUGAGCUUUGGUGGAAACCCACUGCACUGUAACUGUGAGGUACUGUGGCUGCGAAGGUUGGACCGUGAGGAUGAUAUGGAAACAUGUGCCUCUCCAGCCAGUCUAAAGGGGCGCUACUUUUGGUCUGUCCGUGAGGAGGAAUUUGUUUGCGAGCCCCCACUGAUCACUCAGCAUACGCACAAAUUGCUGGUGCUGGAGGGCCAAACAGCUAGUUUGCGUUGCAAAGCAGUCGGAGAUCCAAUGCCAACUGUGCAUUGGGUUGCUCCAGAUGAUCGUUUGAUUGGGAACUCCUCAAGAGCCACUGUAUAUGAAAAUGGCACCCUUGACAUAGCAGUCACCACAUCCAAGGACUAUGGCAUUUUCACUUGCAUUGCUGCCAACGCCGCAGGGGAGUCUACUGCCUCCAUCGAGCUAUCAAUCAUUCAACUGCCCCACAUCACUAACAGUACUAAUCGUACUACACUGCCAAAAUCAGGACUUUCAGACAUCACCAGCUCUACUAAGAUAGGUAAAGGGGAGCCAAAGCCUCCUCCAGAAAAGGUGGUUUCUGUAUCUGAAGUGACUGCCAUCUCUGCUUUGGUCAAGUGGACCGUAAGCAAAUCAACUCCAAAGGUCAAAAUGUUCCAGCUUCAGUACAACUGUUCUGAUGAUGAAGUUCUCAUUUACAGGAUGAUUCCCAGGACUCACCGGGCCUUCGUAGUCACCAACCUGGUGCCGGGAAUGCAGUAUGACCUGUGUGUUCUGGCCAUUUGGGAUGACACCGCAACCACUCUCACUGCCACCAAUAUUGUUGGAUGCAUCCAGUUCGUCACCACGGAAGAUUACCCACAAUGCCAGUCUCUGCACAGUGGAUUUAUGGGUGGCACCAUGAUUCUGGUCAUUGGUGGCAUUAUUGUUGCGACUCUGCUGGUCUUUAUCAUCAUCCUUAUGGUGCGCUAUAAGGUAACCAGUGGGAUUCAAACCAGUAAAUUACCCACCGUAAGUAACACAUACUCCCAGACAAAUGGGGGGGUAAACAGGUUCAAUGGAGCCCCACCACAGGUCAAGUCCACAGUAGUGGUCAUGCGUGAAGAAAUGGUGGAGUUUAAGUGUGGAUCCCUCCAGAGUAGCCUUUCUUCAUCAUCAUCGUCCUCUAACUCGUUGGACAGCCAAACAGGAAGAGGAGCAGGCUAUAAUGCGCAGACCAGCGAAUGCAGCAACCUGCCAAGUACCAAGUUUAGGAGGCAUGUGCACGGCACUAAGGCUCGGCAAAACCUGGACCAACUUCUAGGGGCCUUUACGUCACUAGAGCUACGGGGUGCAGCAAAGGACCACCAAGGAGCUUCUGUCUCCUCGUCCUCUGCUGUUGCCAAUCCCAUGACAACAGUGGCUGUGGCACCACCAUCUGACAAAGAACCCCUGCUUGGGAGGGCUGAGUCCACAACAAUGCUGGGGCGUCUCCUUGGGUUUCAACAUGAGGAUAAACCCAAGAGGAGUCACUCAUUCGACAUGGGGCAUGUCGGGGCAGUGCAGUGUCGCAGCAGUCAGCCACGUAGGAUCAGUAACAUCUGGACUAAACGCAGCCUGUCUGUUAACGGCAUGCUUCUGCAGUACGACGACAGUGAGGAUGAGAAACCCACUUUUGAGAGCUCUGAGUGGGUUAUGGAGAGCACAGUCUGAGUCUAUGACCAAACAAUAGAUCUAUAUUAAAAACUAAAGAAACAUGAACACAGCGGGAUGUUCUGUAUGAACUUCAACCAUGUGAAUACUGUUCAAAUGAUUAUGCGACAAAACUAAAGCUGACUGUCCAAGAUUGAAACUCUUGACUAUAUUUGAAUAAUGUUCCAUUCUGAAUCAACUGGAGAAAUUACCUAUAUGGAAAAACUAUCUACAGAACGAUAAGAUACUCAUACUGGAUUUACGUCUUUAAAGGAACUGAACUCUAUGAGGACUUACUUCAGCUGUGAUAACCUAGAUCACACGUUUCAGACUCAAAGUGGAAAUGUUCCAGCUGUCGAAAGAGGGGGACCACAGGAGCUAGUAUAGUAGAAAAUUAAAACAAACUCAUUUUUAUUUUCAUGUUCUUUUUUUAAUCAUUUUUACUAUUUAUUAUUUCAGGUGAUUCGCCAGAAGAAAGACUCACCUCAAAACAUUAAAAACAGGUUUACACAGGAUGUACCAACUCUCAUGUUGCCAUUUUAUACCCCUAUUUUCCCUCAGCAAUUGCAAAUUUAUCAUCAUCUUCAUCAUCAUUAUCAUUUUCUCAGGUUAUGCAUGAGGUGACCGUAUGAGAAACAAAACAAAUGCUAACUUAAAACACAGGCUGUGCUUGUACUCAAGUUUGUAAAAGUGUUUUUUGGUUUUUUUUUAGCAAUCAGUAUCUUAGACGCAGCACACAGCAGGCAGUGAUCUCAUCUUGAGAAAUCAGAGGAACUCAAAUUGGGAAAUUAAGCUAACAGCUAAUUAGAGCAGGAACCACUCAAAACCAAAUGUAUGGAGUCUAAAACAACUCAGUCAAAUCAAUCCUAUUAGUUUAAGCUUCAAGUACCUUUUGUAUGAAAUUGUCAUUUGGACACCGUUUGGUUUUCUUAACCAAAUUGUGUCUAUAGAAGUGUGUAUGCCCUAUACAUGGUGGGUCGAAUAGCCAAGCUGUGAAUCACUGCUUCUCUGUAUUGAUGGGUCCCAGUGGAAGUAGCUUUGGUAGCUUUUUGGAUAUGUCCCAAGACGGAAAAAGCCCCUUGCCAGGAUUUGCUGUAAAUGCUAAAUCUUACAGCCGUCUUGAGGAUUCCUAACAACCUUGGGGCUCUUGUUUACAAGUCAGGGUACAACUGAGGAAUAGAUUUACUUUGUGGAUGAGACCAGCAUCUGCUGAAUGUGAUGUGGACACUGCAUCAGUAAAUAGCGAUAAAGAGAGAACUGAGCUGAAGGAUAAAGCUUUCAAUUUGCACGCCAAUAUAUGUUCCAUCACUCGGUUAAGGUCAUUAGUUGUGGGUAAUAAGCCAUCUGUAAGUGCAAUUGGAUGGAAUUAGCUUCUUUAGGAGGGCUGGAUUCUCAUAAGGAAAGGGUGUGAAGGUGCUCAUAUUAGAGUCCCAGUUUCUCAAUAUUGACAAGGUAAUUUGGGUAUUGCCAUCUGAGCCAAACUGGAAGAGCCCCUUCCACAGAUCUGCUGGAGAGAUUACAUUUUACAACUGUCACUUGAACCCCUCAGAGAAAUCACCAAAUGAGGUGAAAGAAGUAGCUGAGGGGGAGCUAGGUCUGGAGAUCUCAGUUUUAUAAGAUACUGCUUCAAGUAAAGUAGUUUAACUAUCCUAGUUGUUAAGAUGUAGGAGUAAAACAGAGGAAGAGAUCUGAUUGUUGGACUGGAGGGACAUCUACAAUACAAACACUGUACCAGCCUGCAUUGGUGACAAAAGAAAUGAGGCAAGACUCCUCAACCUACCCGUCAGUGGACAUGAAAUCCCUUGGCUAGACUCAUGAGUGUGGGGAUUGAGCUAAUGAAAUAAAGUAUGAAUUAAAGUAGCUAAAAUGACCUCUCUCAGCAGUGGGACUGGACUCCUAAAUAGAAAAAGAUCCACUUUUGGAAGGCAGUCAGAGAUGGGGCUUCUUUGCAUUGGCAGGGAGUCAACUGAAGUGGUUUUGGUAUAUAGAAAGGAAACCUGUUGAUCUUCUGACCAAAAGAGGCUGGAUAGAUAAUCUCCCAUUUUAUUUAGUGUCCCCCAGUUGAGGUGAGGCAAGGGCCUUCUGGCAAAAUCCAUUUUCUAUUGUAUCCUUGCUGGUGAGUGGAGAGAAAGUGUUUGAUGAGUAAGAACAUUUUAUGUAAAAGUAGAUGACUCAACAGAGUGCUUAACUUGCAAUGAAAGUUUUAAAUUUAAGUUCAAGGUUCAGCGUGUGAAAUUAGCUCUGGAAGAAGCUGUUAGCUUGAUUUCACAAUAAUUUAUUCCCCCUCAAUUCUCAAUAUUCAGAUCACUCCGGCUUCAGGAAAGAUACUGACAGCAAAUACUUAUUCUACCUGCCCCCCCACCUAGUUGGUCUCCAAGGAGACAAUUAUAACGUUUGUCCAGCUCAGGUUGAAAUCCUGCUUUGCAAGUAAUUUGAUUAUCUGGUGCUGGUUUGCAGGAGUCCCUGCAGACCAACGGCUCAUUGAUGUGAACGUUGUUUCCCUAAGAGUGUGGUUUCAGCUACUAUCAGCACAAAUUACUGUAGCCAAAUGCAAAUAGUGUUUUAAAUUCAUCAAGCCCUUUUAAUCAUUUGCCCAAAGCAGCCAACAGCAUGAUCUAUCACCGGAUUCUGAAACUCUUCAGGCAACAAAAACAAGAAAGCAUGAUAAUUACUCAUUUAGCCAGGUUAAACGGAGGAAUUUGUCAUUUAUUGGCUGCAUAAAGGUCACUAUGCUGCUCAUGAGAGGAUUUUAUUUGGAAAAAUGGGAAGAGUGAUGACUUUUAGGGAGCCAAUAAGUUGCAAAGCCUGGGAAUUUAUUUCACCACGUUGCAUGAUACAAAACCUAUUUUGAUUAAUGUGUUUACGUGACUUGAUUCACCUGAGGAACAAUUCAUCUGUUAUUCUCCUUCAUACAGGGCUGUACAUUGCAGUAAGAUACUUAAAAAUUUGUUACUUUUCAGAUCACUGCCUAAAGUUAGCUGCAUCAUCCCUGUGUUUUAAUGCCUUUAUCAGUAUUCUGUGGGACUCUGCUGCAUUUCAAAAAUGUUGGGUGAUCAUCAUUUCCUUUUCCUCCUACAGUAGAUGUACUGUUCUGUAUAUUGGUAUAUUUUUUUGUACAAUACCUGGGUGAGAAUGUAAGGGGGUAGGGUGGGGACUGUGCAGUAGUAAUUCUAUUUCCAUGUGAAGCAAACGGCGAGAAGGUGCUUUACUGUGGUGUACCAACAAAAGGUGGUUGUUGGUUGGCUUACUGAAGGGGAUUUUACAUGAUGUUUCAAGAGCGGUGGACUGGACAUUGUUAAGUGUUUGAAUCAACAACUAAAGUGCAUAUUUGCUCUUAAUGUUACCUUUACACUGACAGUUUUGUGUUUGCUUCCCCGUCACAUUUAUAAAGUCAAAUGAUUGUUUUAUUUAUUUUUUCCCCUAGCUAAGCUUGACUUCCAAUUUGUCAUAAUUAUAUUUCUGUAAAAAAAAAAAUUCUGACAACUCACAUAAACAAAAUUUGUGCAUCAUUAUUUUUUGAGAUUUGUUUUAUCAUAAAUAAUUAUAAUAUAGAUAGUAAUAAAAAGCAUUAGUGUUUUUUAUCGUUCACAAGUUAUGAAUCACUAGAAGAAAAGUGAAUGAGUAUUCAUAUAUAUCAGUACUUAAAAAUUGCUUUUGUUUAACAAAACAAUCUUAAAGACUAGUUUUAAAAGCGUUCCCACAAGUUAAAACUAAAAUAAUGCACUAACAUUUUGAGCUAAUCUUAAAAUAGAACAUCCAUAUUCACUUACCACAUUUUUAUCUCUCGUCUAGAAAAUGAAUGUAGGUUAUGAUGGAAUAAACCAAUUAGCAGACUGACUGUGGCAUUUGCAACCUAGGCAUUUAUUUACACCUUUUAUUUUUGGUUGAUCAUAAAGCUGCUCCGAUUUACAUAUGUUCAUGCUUUAGUUGUCAACAAGAAACAUAAGGUUUAAAUUUUUAUAUAACUGCAUGUGUUUGUGGCAUUUUUUGAAAAUCACCAGCAGAUUUGAGCACCUCUAACAAAAAUACUGUUUGUAUCAAGAACCUCGGCUGACAAAAAUGUUUCUCGUGUAAAUUAAAAGACAACUGUGCUGUUACUUCUGCUAUAUUUACCUACACAGUAAUCAGAAAGAAAAGUUGGAUGUGUCUUACAAAAAAAGAAAGAAAGACUCAAGUGAAACUGUGCCGUUUGUUUUUACCAUUAAUGGAACUUAAGGUUUUACAUUUUCCUUCAUGGUAGAAGAUAAAACUAUUUCAAUCUUUGCUCAGAAAAUAGAUCAUUUCAAAACCUGACAUCUCAAGAUGGAACCAGACUAAAUCAAAACUGGGUGAUGGUAAGAUGAGAAUGAUGCUCUGGUACUUAGUGACCAGUGGGAAGCAACCGUUGAGCCUCUGCGUGUAACAUCAUGUAUCAUCCCUCUCCACUCUGCUAACCAACACUAUAACAUAAAUGUGUACUUGACUCGACAUAGACAUGAUUCUCACCUGAACUUCUAAGCAGAAAAAAAAUCAAUUAAAAAAAUACUGUUUGUGUGAAAACAUUUUGCUACAAAAUGAUAUAAAAUAUUGAUAAAUUCCUAUGAACCAAACUGG